CGCCUCCGGUGCGCUUCACAUUACCGCCAGCGCGCUUCACAGCAGUUUCAUUAACUUACACUUCACUUUAGCUCAACCUGACAUUAAAAAGCCAUCUGGAGUAUCUGAGGCGGACAGCGGAGCCAUCGGUGGUGGGAUGAGAAACAAAAGCGACUGUCUCUGGUGUCAUAAUGUCACAGUGAUUUUGCGUUCUUACAGCGCUACAUUUAUAUACUGACGAUACACAUCAAAGCUUCGAAAUGGCGAGAAGCGGCGGCGGCGAGAAACAAGGCAAACUCGAGUUCGACGAAAGUCGGAUCGACUCCGGAAUCGACUCGUACAAGUCGAUUUCCAGAGAACAGGACGGCAGCUCAGACAGCUGUGAGGAUAAAGACAAAAGCUGCGCUACAGACGAGCGACUGGACUCCGCUUACGUCUCUUCAUCGCUAACAGUGGACAGUUUGGGGGAUUUUAUCGAGCAAUGCAGCAUUUCUGAAUGUGAAAGCGCGGCGGACUGUGAAUACACCGAAGAGGAAGUCCGUUUCUUAACCACUGUUACAGAAGAUGGAGACACGAUUCUCCAUUUGGCCAUAAUCCACGAAGAGGAAUGUUUUGCACGUCAAUUGAUAGACCUGUUUCCUCCAGAGCUGAUGGAUAUUCAGAACAACUUGUAUCAGACGCCGUUGCAUCUGGCCACGUACUUGAACCAGCCCGCCGUAGUGAAGGGCCUUGUGGAAAAGAGGGUCUCACUGGAGCUCCAGGACCAGGAGGGAAACACCCCUCUCCAUGUGGCGUGUGAGCACGGAUUCUGGGAUUGUGCCAAUGAGAUGAUCCACAACGCCUCGCCCAGCAAACUCGCCAGCGUGCUGGAAGCACAGAACUGGAGAGGUCUGACGUGUCUCCACGUGGCUGUGCUGCACAAGCAUCAUCGUCUCCUGCGGCUGCUGAUGAAGAGCGCUGUGGAUCUGAACAUCCAGGAGGGGACGAGCGGGAAGACGGCGUUACACGUGGCGGUGGAGCUGCACGACGUGCCGGCGGUGAACCUGCUGCUCAACAAAGGGGCCAAUGUAGACGCCGCCAUGUUUAACGGCUGCACCGCGCUGCAUCUGGCUGUGGGCCGACAGGACGCCGCCAUCGCUAACCUCCUGUGCCAAGCUGGAGCCGACAAGAUGAUCAGAAACAUGGAGGACGAGACGGCCCUGGAUCUAGCCGACGGCAAUGAUGAUAUUUUGGCCUUGUUCCCCUUCGACGACAUUCAGAUCAUGGGCAGGACUGUCGUGAGCUUCUCAUAUUUACGUGCAGCGUAUUCUUUCUACUAAGAAUGCAAGUGCUUUUUAACGAGAGCUUUUUUGAGUUAUCUGGGUACCGUGAACAUCUGCCAGCAGCUAUGAUGCUUGCUUCACAACCAUAUCAUUUACAUUUUGGUUUUCAAUGUUAAACGCUGCGUAUAACACAAACCAAACAGACACUGGCGACAGAGUCAUGCUCUGGAGUUUUUAAGAGGAGAAAUGUGCUGCAGUGCUCAUGAGUAUUGAUACAGCAAUGAGCAGAACAUACAGGAAAAGCCACAAAAACAAGUUCCUGGUAAAUUUGUAAAAAGAACAGCAUGGAGUGAAACUGUGUGUGUGUGUGUUUCCAAUCAUGUGCCACAUCAAUCUUCAUAAUCCUCAUAACUUACCAAAAAUGUGUCCCAUUCAUGUAAACUCAGACAGGUUAAAACCU